AGGUGGGACCAGAUCUUCGCCUUGACCGUCUGUGGUGUUAAAUCUACAGCACAUCUGCCUGUCGGUGGUAUUAAAGAGUCAUUGUCAUGUGACGUGUACUAACUGACCUCCCCAUAUCACGCUCUCUCUUUUUGUCUGUACUGAUUCUGGUGGAAGAACAUUCUUGUUUUCUUUUUUCUUGUUUUGUUUUUUUUAAAAACAUGUCAGGUUUUUGCUCGACGGAGCACCCGCAUUCCUUCAUUUCUUCAUCCUGCGUCGUCGUGGGAAGCGCAGGAGGUGCUGCGUGGAAGACUCUCUUCAGCGGGUUAAAAUGGAGGCCGUCUGUCCACCAUUUCUCCUUCUCCUGCUUCCGUCGACUGCCAGAACACGCGGGACGGCUUCCACGGGCAUGCGCUACACUGUUUGAUGACCAAGAAGACAGAAGCCACCCGAACCCACUGUCUCUGACAAAUGAGCAACGUGGGAUGGCUCUCUUCCUCUUCCUGUUACUCCUCCUCCUCCUCCUCCUCGCAGCCGGCGCACCCUAUCCCCGCUUCUCCUCCAAUGACACCGUGUUUCAGCACCUGGCCCUGCACCCGGACCCUGCCGUGGGCACGCUCUACGUGGGGGCGCGCGACCGCCUCUACCAGCUGGCCGGCCUGGACGGCCUGCGCCUGGAGGCGGAGGAGCAGACAGGUCCCGUGAGAGACAGCAAGGAGUGCCUGCCUCCUGUUACCACGGACAGCUGUCCCCAGGCGCGGCUGGCAAGCAACCACAACAAGCUGCUGCUGGCGGAGCCGCACUCACUGCAGCUCGUCACGUGCGGCAGCGCCCACCAGGGCACGUGCCAGAAACGCAGCCUCGCCAACGUGAGCCGCGUGCUCUUCUCGGCCGCGAGGCCCGUGGACACGCAGUACGUCGCCGCCAACGACCCGGCCGUCUCCACCGUCGGGCUUGUGGCGAGGCCGCGUGACGGGGCCCCGCCCCUCCUCUACGUGGGGCGGGGCUACACGAGCAGUCACCCACCCAUCUCCACUCGCCAGCUGUCAGGCGAGCCCGUCUUCUCCUACGAGGAGACAGCCAAACUGGCCGUGGCGGGCCGCCUCUCGGAGUACGACCACAACUUCGUAGCCGCCUUCGCGCGUCAUGGCCACGCCUACUUCCUCUUCUACAGGCGGGACCUCAAAGCGGCUUCGCGGGAAUACAGGUCAUAUGUCGCGCGGGUGUGUCUGGAAGACCAGGCUUAUUAUUCCUAUGUGGAGGUGCCGCUAGCGUGUCAUUCCGGCUCGCCUGGGAAGCACUACAACCUCCUCCAGGCGGCACAGGUGGGCGGGAAGGACUCGGAUGACGGGCAGGUCCUGAUGGCGGUCUUUUCCACACCCCUCAACGCCGCCAGCAGCCCGAGUGAAGAGUCGGCACUUUGCGUUUACGGUCUGGACGAAAUGGACCGGCGUAUAGAUGCCACGCGGGACCUGUGCUACACACAGCAUGGCCACAAUGGAAGCGCUAGGGUGGCAUACAUCGAGUACGAGGUCAAAUCCAGCUGCGCUAAUCUGCCCAUGGACACGCUGAACGCCUACCCAUGCGGCUCAGACCAUACUCCCAGUCCAAUGGCCAGCCGGGAGCCAGUGGAAGCCGAGGCGGUAUUGGACAGCCCGUCUUCUCGUCUCACAGCUGUGGCAGUCAGCGUGAGGGAGGGCCACUCCAUUGCUUUUCUGGGAGACUCCAAAGGAAACUUGCACAAGGUGUUCCUGGGCAGGCCUGGAGAGGUGAAGAACUACUCCACUGUUCCCAUUCAGGCCGGCUCCCCUAUUAAGCGAGACCUGCUGCUUGACGCCUCCCAGACACACCUCUACAUCAUGACCAGUAAUACCGUAGAGAAAAGGCCGGUGGCAGAGUGUGAGAGACAUAGAGAUUGUCAGUCUUGUCUUGAGGCGCAAGAUCCCUACUGUGGUUGGUGUGUCCUCGAGGGGAAGUGCGGCAUGCGCUCCGAAUGUGGGCGGGGCUCGGUGGAUGGCCAUUGGCUGUGGAGUUUCGAUGGGGAGCACAAGUGUUUGAGGGUGGAGUCACUGAGCCAGUCCAAUAUCAGCCUCGGAGUGCAGAAGAACGUGGCCAUGGAGGUGCCUGGUCUGCCCAGCCUGUCUGAGGGGGAGGCCUACUCCUGUUUUUUUGAGGAGGCGCGGAGUACAGCUUUCAUCAGCGGCACCAUGGUCAUCUGCUCCACUCCUCCUGGUCACAGGGCACCUCCAGUACCUCCAGGACAGGAUUUCGUGUCGGUCACUCUGUCUCUACGCUUCGGGGCUGUUACCGUGGCAAUGCAAGAGUUCACCUUCUACGACUGCUCUCUUGUACAGGAACUAUCAGGGACCAUGCCGUGUACGGGGUGUGUGAGCAGCCGCUGGAGGUGUAACUGGUGCGUCCAUCAGCACGUGUGCACACACAAGACCACAUGUGACCAAGGAGUGCUCGUGUACAACCAGCAUUUCCAACUUCCGACCUCUACUCCCCAAACGACCCACGUCGUUGAUAAGUUCACGUCAGCCACUCCUAUGCAUUCUACCGUGGCGCUGACCAAAACCUCCAUAACAACAGAGGCCGUAGCCUUGACUACUCUCCCCGCGGCCACUGCAGAACCAACCACAAUCCUUACCCCAGCUGUCAUGAGCACACCCCCCCCCACGACCACGCCCACCACCCUACGGCAUACCGCGCCUUUCCUGGCCGCACAGGCUCCGGUCACAGCAGCGGGGGCUCGUUCUUUCCUUAACGACAGCGUAGAAGGUAAAGGGACUGCCUGGGUAGCUCCCGUUGAUCUGCCCCACAGAGAGUCGGCUGUAGAGCCAGUCCAAGUUCCCAGCCCGGCGGGGCCCUCCGGGGAAUCGCCCCCCGCCCCCUCGGCCGACGUGGUGACCCUCUGGUCUGGGGAGGCCGAUGAGGGGGAGGCGGCCCCGGAGACGGGGCCGCCGGCGUCCUCGGCCUCGGCUCCGUCCGGAGACGGCGAGGCGGGUCACGACUCAGCCAGUUUCCCUCAGGCCCCCGACACGGACUACCAGUCCGACCCAGACGACUUUUUCCUCGCGGGCGAGGAAGACUUGCUGGUGACUGGGGGAGUCUAUGCUUGUCCCUGUGUGGAAAGUGUUGAAGGGUCCUCCCUCCUGCCUAUAAACACAGAGAGGAAGAUCACUCUGGUAGCACGCAACCUGCACCUGUACCAGGAUGUGGACCUAGAUUAUGAGUGUGUGCUGGCCAUCGAGGGCACGUCUGUGGUGGUCACAGCGUUUGCGGAGGUGGAUGACACGCGGCCCUUCCUCUUCUACAUCACCUGCCAGCUCCACCAGUAUUCCUACUUUGCGGAUGUGGAUGAAUACAACGCUACAAUUGCUGUGAGGAGGCGCGACUCGUUUGUGACGGACCGUCCUCGUGACUUGCACGUGAGGCUGUACAACUGCUCGGUGGGGCGCGCCGACUGCAGCCGCUGCUACACAGCCGAGCCGCUCUACGACUGCACGUGGUGCGAGGGGUCCCGCUCCCGCUGCGUCCACCGUGACUCCUGCACCGCCCACAUCCAGCACAUCUGCCCUGCGCCCCACAUCCACCUGAUAGAGCCUCUGUCUGGUCCAGUAGAAGGCGGGACUCUGAUCACCAUUUCUGGAUCCAACCUGGGUCAGAGGACAGAGGACAUCCAGCACUCCGUCACUGUUGCCGGGGCGCCAUGCACAGUCCUCCCUAGUCGAUACGAGAUCUCUUCUAGUAUCGUGUGUGAGACCACAGUAAGUGGUGCCGAGAGAAGAGGACAGGUUUCUGUGGAGGUUAAAGGCGGAGGGUCAGGACAGUCAGCCCAGCACUUCCACUACCAGGACCCAGUCUUACUGAGCAUGUCUCCACUAAAAGGCCCAAUAUCAGGAGGCACAUUACUCACCAUUGUGGGGCGGGGCCUAAUGACAGGCCAGGCCAGUGAAAUCAGAGUGCUGAUUGGUGGAGUUCCCUGUCUCAUCUCUCCUAAAUGGGAAGAUGAACGAAUUGAGUGCGUGACCAGUGGCAGUAACAAAACAGGAGAACAUGGGGUCAGUGUACAGUUUGGAAGAACAGAGCGCCAUCUAAAGACAGCCCUGUAUCACUACACCCCAGACCCCAACAUCACCAACGCAUUUCCCUCUAAAAGUUUCCUCAGUGGAGGUCGGGUCAUUCGAGUUUAUGGUCAGAACCUGGACGUGGUCCAGGAACCUCGCAUCCGCGUGACCCUUAGACCCCUGGAGCCGCCCUUUCAGGUGAGGAAGAGGAGGAAGAGGAAGAGCGAGGGUCACUCGGGAAGAGAGAGCAAGCUCUGGCCUCUCAAAAGGCAACGGCGGAUAGUUCCAGAAACCGGCUGUCCUGAAGAGAGCUUCUGUGAUGUCACACAGAUGGAGGAGCGCUGCAUGCUCAACACCUCCACUCUGCUCCUGUGCCCCACGCCCGCGCUGGGCCCCGAGGCUCGUCACGCCGCUGUCGCCGUUCACUUCCUGCUGGACAACCUCCGCUUCGACUUCCAGAGAGUCGGCGGGAGGCCGUUCGUGUACGAACCGAACCCCAUCCUCCGCCCGCUCAGCAGGGAUGACCCCGGCAAACCAUACCGCCACAAACCUGGCAGUAUCAUAGCUGUGGAGGGAGAGAAUUUGGACUUGGCCAUUUUAAAGGAGGAGGUGGUGGCUCUGAUUGGAGAUGGGGUGUGUGCGGUGAAGACCCUCACGAGGAACCACCUGUACUGUGAGCCUCCUUCUCAGCAGCCGUCCGUGCCCGUGAGCGUGAAGCGGGAAGGCCCGGAUGCUCUGCCCCAGUUCACCGUGCGGAUGGGGAAUCUGAACUUCUCCCUGGGCAGGGUGCAGUAUGACUCCCAUGGCCAGCCCAUGUUCCCUCUGGAGGCUCAGGUGGGGGUGGGGGUUGGUGCCUCAGUUGUGGCUCUCAUCGUACUGGUCAUUGUGCUCGUAUACAGGAGGAAGAGUAAGCAGGCUUUGAGAGACUACAAGAAGGUCCAGAUUCAGCUGGAGAACCUGGAGACCAGCGUGAGGGAUCGCUGCAAGAAGGAGUUCACAGAUUUGAUGACUGAGAUGAUGGACAUGUCUAGUGACUUGGUGGGCUCAGGUAUCCCAUUCCUGGACUAUCGCUCCUACGCGGAUCGGAUUUUCUUCCCUGGCCACCGGGAGUCACCGCUGAGGCGAGACUUGGACGUGCCUGCCUGUCGCCGGGCUACGGUAGAGCAGGGCCUCGUUCAGCUCUCCAACCUGCUCAACAGCAAGCUCUUCCUCACCAAGUUCAUCCACACCCUGGAGGGCCAGAGGACCUUUUCUCCGCGGGAUCGCGCCUACGUGGCCUCCCUCCUCACCGUGGCACUGCACGGGAAGCUGGAGUACUUCACCGAUAUCCUGAAAACCCUGCUGGGUCACCUGGUUGAGCAGUACACCUGCAAGAACCCCAAACUCAUGCUACGCAGGACCGAGUCGGUAGUGGAGAAGCUGUUGACCAACUGGAUGAGCAUCUGCCUGUACUCCUUCCUCCGGGACUCGGCGGGUGAAUCUCUAUACAUGUUAUUUCGAGCCAUAAAGCACCAGGUGGACAAGGGCCCCGUGGAUGCUGUGACGGGCAAGGCCAAGUACACACUCAACGACAACCGGCUGCUGCGCGAGGACGUGGAAUAUCGCACGCUGACGCUGAAUGCCCUGGUAACCAGCGGGGGCGCUAGUGAGUCUCAGACGGUUCCUAUUAAAGUGCUGGACUGUGACACCAUCACACAGGUGAAGGAAAAGCUCCUGGAGCACACGUGGAAAGGCACGUCGUACUCACAGAGGCCCUCCACAGACUCGGUGCACUUGGAGUGGCGAGCAGGGAUGGCAGGUCACCUGAUCUUGUCUGAUGAAGACCUGACCUCAGUGAUGCAGGGGUCAUGGAAACGCCUCAACACUUUGCAGCACUAUAAGGUUCCGGAUGGUGCCACGGUAACCCUGGUGUCUCGGCAGUCCAAACAAGUCCACCACGACAGUCACGACUAUGUGCCCGGAGAGAAGACUCCCAUGUUGGAGGAUGGGGAGGAAGGGGUGACGAGGCUGUGGCACCUGGUGAAAGCCAGCGAGGAGCCCGAGAUGUCCAAGCACCGGCGAGGCAGUCUGAGAGAGCGAGAACGGGAGAGAGCCAAGGCCAUCCCGGAGAUCUACCUCACACGCCUGCUGUCGAUGAAGGGAACUCUGCAGAAGUUUGUGGAUGACUUGUUCACCGUGAUCCUUAGCACCAGUCGGCCGGUUCCCCUGGCCGUGAAAUAUUUCUUCGAUCUCCUGGACGACCAAGCAGCACAGCACAACAUUACAGACCCAGAAACCAUCCACAUCUGGAAGACAAACAGUCUGCCGUUGAGGUUUUGGAUCAAUGUUUUGAAGAACCCACAGUUCAUCUUCGAUGUUCAGGCCUCGGACAAUGUGGAUGCAGUGCUGUCUGUUAUUGCCCAGACCUUCAUGGACUCCUGCACCAUAGCCGACCACAAGCUGGGCAGGGACUCGCCCAUCAACAAGCUGCUGUAUGCUCGAGACAUCCCGCGCUACAAACAGAUGGUGGAGAAGUAUUACGCAGACAUAAAGCAGACCAUCUCCGCCAGUGACCAAGAGAUGAACUCGGCCCUGGCAGAGCUGUCCAGGAACUACUCGAGUGAGGUGAAUCACCUAGUGGCCUUGCAUGAGCUAUACAAGUACAUCAACAAAUAUUACGAUCAGAUCAUCACAGCUCUAGAGGACGACUCCACGGCUCAGAAGAUGCAACUGGGUUACAGGCUUCAGCAGAUAGCCGCAGCCGUGGAGAACAAAGUGACCGACCUCUGACCUUCGGACUCCGAGGAGGAGCUGAAGCUCCUAGAGGAGCACUUUGGGUUAGGAGGUCCUUGUUGCAGGCAUGCACACGUCGGCGGCGAGCGUAUCCUACAAGGAGAGAAGAUAAGGAGGUUAUUCCCUGGAACAGUGAAUCUCAGUGCAGCCACUAGCCCAACGACGUCAAGACUGUAACGGGAGCUCAUAUGUAGUUGCAGCUGGACUAUUCUUGCUCAACUCCCAAGCAAAAUCCAUUUCAGUGCCUAGCAGGCUUGCCUGGAUACCCUCUGAACCUUCAGCAGAUGUUCACUGAUGCUUGAGAAGAUUUUAUGCAAAUUGUUUUCCCAUAACUCUUUGCUUCGCAUUGGGCAGCAGGAACUUAAGAUCCUUCAUAGCUGCUUUUUAAAAAAUGAUGCCAACGUGAGUGACACCACAAGGUUUGUCUCCGGAGAGCCCUGCUGGUUCGAUCAGUCUGACCUGUUCAGAGUUAUAUAUCUAAGUGCUUAAUGUUCCCUCUCUGUCUUGAAAACUAUUGUUUCAUUGAAACCAUUUCAGACAAAUAUAAUCUCAUCUAGCAACUUAACAUAACAUGAGAUGCAUGGAAUGAAAAUUCCAGGCUUCGGCUGCGUAGCGGUCAUGGAAAAUCAACGCAAGACGCGUAUGUAAUUGCUUUUUGUAUGAUGUGCAGUACAGUUUGUAUGUACAGUCCAAAUCUGUCAGUGUUGAUAUGAUGCGAAAGGGCAAGCAAAUAUUCAGGCAGUAUCGUUUCUAUAUGAACUGGGAGAGAAGUUAAAGGGGGUGUUUUUUUUCUUUUUUUCUUUUUUCUCUCUCUCUCUCUCUCUCUCUCUCUCUCUUUUAAGUAUUCCUAACCAUCUGGGCAGCGUGCUGGCUUGCGGUUUAGCAUGUUGGCCUCCCACGACUGGGGUCUUGGGUUUGAGUCCCUAGCGGGGUGAUGUUUCCAUGGUCUCCAUGGGUCUGUGUGGGUUUCCUCCAGGGUCUCAGGUUUCCUCCCACAGUGCCCAGUGGUGGAUGGCCCUCUGUCCUGGGUGUUGUCCUCUCUCUCUCUACUCACUGCAUCCGAUUCAGUCCGCCAGGGGACUGACGUUUACGGUCGAGAGUUGGCUGCUGCUUCUCGCUGGCGUGUGACUGGAUAUAAAGCCUUUUGUGUUAAUUGUAGAGCGACUUUCUCGAAAGGCGCUAUAUAAGCAUAACUUUAUCCAUUUUAUAAUAAGCACUAGACACAAAACCAUGCCUGCACUCACAAACCUAACCUGAGCCCUAGCUGAAAUGGAACUGAUUUAACACUAAUAACAAAUUGUUGCAUUAACACCCUUAAGGCUAAACUAACACAGUUCGUGCCAGGUGUCCUGCUGUUAAUUCGCUCAUCGUUACUGAAGACUGACUUGGGCAGUGUGUACUGCCAUAUCGCUUUAUGCCCUUAUCUUCCUUAUGGCGUUCAGAAGUGCGUGGUUGUGUUGUGUACUCACCACGCGCUACGCACAUCAACGUCAGCAAUUCAGUGACGUGAAAAGGCUUCUUAUUCCAGAAUUACAAGUGGAAUCCUUAUCAAGUAGAUCUCAUCAGUCAUUUUCACUACUUCUUCUUAAUUUAUUUGUCUAUAUUAAUUGUAGUGAUGUGGGUUUUUUAUCUAGCUCGUUAAUAUUGCUUUAAUGUUCUAACGUUUGUGCGGUUAUGACGUGCGACGUAACGAGGCACUGUUGGUAUCGACAAACUCUUAAUGACUAGUCUAGUUUAAACGCUUAACCAUGUGAUAGUACUACUGCUUUUGGGCCCUUGCUAUGGGCCGGCCUGCCACCAAAUAAUCUCCCCCCGUUAGCUUCUGUUUCUAAAAGAGCGACUAACGAUUUUGAGUGUUUUGAACAUGUCCUCGUUUUCAGGUCGAAAACUGCUCACCGGUCACCAUAUAGUAAAUCCCGGUAUCCCCAAAUGCCAGAACUCACCACACAUUAGGGACGCCAUUGUGAGCUUUAUGUAAAAUUUCGGCAUGCACUUAGCGUUCAUGUGGUCUUAUAAUGCUUUAUGGGUGAGUUUCACUGUCGACUUAUAAAGAACAAAAGUUCUUUGGUUGGAACGUAUCAGGCGCAUUAAUGGGUAAUGCAAGCCACUGUGGGCCUCCAGUUAGACUGCGUAAUGUUUUCUUUAGAGUGAUCCUGGCUUUCUAUUUAUUUAUUUAUUUAUUUGGAGUCUAAUUGGCUGCUACAAGUGGAUUUAUGUGACGACCAAAUUCCCACAAAUGAUUUUUGUCUUUAAUUGCUUUGUUUACCCCAGAGAAUGGUUUUUGUUUACUGAAUACAGACAUUUGCAAAGAUACAGGUCUUA